AACCAAACAGACACAAAAUUGAAAAUGGCAUCACCGUCAGCAAACUGAGCAUCAGUUCUUAGAAAUGGCGGUCCGCAUGUAUCCUGCUCUCGGCCGCUCCGUCUUAAUCCCGGUAACUACGAUGAGAUGCCCCAUCAGAAACUGCAAAUUCUCGGUCCAGAAUUGUGUGUUAGACCCUAAUAAAUCACGGAAGCUAGUUCUUGAAGUGAAAGAGAAACUUGUGAAAGAUUACCAUAGUCUGCCACUCGGAAAAAAUGGAAGAGAUGAUGAAGAUAUGAUCUAUUGGUUUUUGAAGGACAGGAAAUUCUCUGUUGAAGAUGCUACAGCAAAAUUGGCUAAAGCAAUUAAAUGGCGCCAUGAAUUCGGAGUAUCUACAUUGUCCCAAGAGUCUGUGAAAAAUGUUGCUGAAACUGGAAAAGCCUUUGUGCAUGACUUUCUGGAUGUCAAUGGCAGACCUGUGCUUGUAGUAAUGGCAUCCAAGCACUUUCCUGCUGUGCAUGAUCCUGUUGAGAAUGAGAAGCUAUGUGUAUUUUUGAUUGAGAAGGCAAUGAGCAAGCUUCCAGCUGGGAAAGAAGAAAUACUAGGAAUUUUUGAUCUCCGGGGCUUUGGCAUUGAGAAUGCAGAUCUUAAGUUCAUAACUUUUAUGUUUGAUGUAUUCUAUUAUUACUAUCCGAAGCGGUUGGGUGAUGUCCUCUUUGUGGAAGCUCCUUUUAUAUUCAAGCCAAUUUGGCAGCUAGCCAAACCUUUGUUAAAAUCAUAUGCUUCUUUGGUUGCUGUUUGAUGGCCAUCUAUUUAAUAUGUAUGCAUAUCGGUAGUUUAAUAUACGAUUUGGGAAUGUCUUCUGUGGCGGAAUUGUAGAAACUUGUUGCCUUUGGAAAACAUGGGACAACAAACAGGGUGGAGAAAUCAACUCUGGCAUUGAGCUAAAUUGUUUGAGCAAGAUAGAGAAUGUGCUGCUGCAUAGUUGUCCAUAAUGCGGCCUCCUGAUUUCUUCAUAUGAAUACCAUCUUCCUCCCAGAAUCUGCUGCUCUUUAUGAACUCCAAUCGGGACUUGAUAUUCAUGAACAUCUUUUGCAUACCUCCUUAAUUUCUGGAGGAAUUGAAAACCAUCUCUGCAAAUUGAGUCUCAACUCUUUAUAUCUAAAGUUUGGUGAGCUGAAAAUUACUACAGUGCAUCAAAGAAGUGUGUCAAAACAGUUGCAAGAAUAUUUUAGGAAUCAGCUGUUAUGCCAUGCCCACAUCUAUGAACCAUUGUUAGUUGGCUGGUUUGUCUUUGGUUGUUCCAUAAUUCUUCUGUCUGAAGGGUGGGGAUUGGGGAAGUAUUAAACUGCAAGUGGAGUUUGCAUGGGAUAACUUAUAGGAUUUCUUUUGUGGGAGGCAUCUUUAUAUAUUUAUUGAGAAUGAGGAACUAGGAAUCAUCUUGAAAACUUUACGAUGCAUCUUGUAAAAAUAACUGGGUGGUGUCCCUUCGGGCCCUCAGGGACAUGCGAUAAAAUA